AUGGAUCGAUUCAACCUUGAUAUGUGGAAUCCACUGGAUCUCAUAUUCCCCUUUCAUAUUUUUGUGGAUUGGCUUGAUACUGAUGAAGCCCACAUCUUCAAAGCUAACUUGCCUAGUUUAAAGAAAGAGGAUGUGAAAGUUCAAGUGGAAGAGGAACAUGUUCUGGUCAUAAGUGGGGAGUUUAAGAAGGAUGAGGUGGACAAAAAUGACAAGUGGCAUCGCUUGGAAAGAUCACAUGAAACUUUCUCUCACCGCUUCUGCUUGCCAAAGAAUGCCAUGUUGGAUCAAGUGAAAGCCAAUCUCACAAAUGGAAUGCUGUCUAUGACAAUUCCUAAGGUGGCUGAGAGUAAGCCUGUGGUUAUCCCAAUCAAUUCAAAAUUAACUUCUCUUAUGUGA